UGGACCUUGACUUUAUUGAACCCAAUAACCCCACCCACCCUCUCUUCUCUAACCUCUGCUACUAGAUGCUCUCUAUUCUUACUCAUCAGUUCAUAUCCCAUCAGAUUGUAGCACCAGCAUACGCCAAAGCGAAGAAGCUACAAUCUAUCUCUAACACCUUCGAAGAUAUAUAAUCCCGUGCAAUGGAUUCGGAGAUGGAAGUGCACAAUGGUGGAUGCCACUGCAAAAGCGUGAGAUGGCGAGUCCAAGCUCCACCCGGUGUUGUAGUCUGGCAAUGCAACUGCUCCAACUGCUCCAUGAGAGGCAACACUAGCUUCAUUGUCCCUUCCGGAAGAUUUGAGCUUUUGGGAGACUGCAAACAGUUCCUUGCAACCUAUACAUUUGGCACUCAUACUGCACAGCACACUUUCUGCAAGGUUUGUGGCAUAACCUCCUUUUAUAUUCCGCGUUCAAAUCCGGAUGGAAUAGCAGUUACAUUCAGGUGUGUGGAUCCAGGAACACUAACCCAUGUUGAGAUUAAGUAUUAUGAUGGAAGAAAUUGGGAAAGCUACUAUGAUCAGUCCAGCAUUGCUUCGUGUUCAAAAGUCCAAAUUGAAGGGUCAGUUUGAGUUCAUCACAAUGCAUCCAAGUUUGGGAAAAACAAAGGUGGUUCAAGUUCAAAUCAGAGGGUUGCAUCAGCUAUGGAAUGUCUUCACCAACUCUUAAAUAUACAUCUCUGUGCGUAUGUGUGUGUGUGUUCUAUUACUUCUAUAUUUCUUGCAACUCAGAUUCUUGUACAUUGUAGAAGUUGUUUCUGCAACUUGUUUUAUUUUGUGUACUCUGUUGUUUCAGUAUUUGUGUCAAUCAGUCAUUGUAUCAUAGCUCUCUUUGUAUUGUGAUCAUCUUCAAUUUGUGUUGAAGUAGC